AUGGCUGAGGGAAAGCUCAAUAUCACUCAAAAAAAAUAUCUAAAAGAAAAUAAAUACUUUUGUUUUUUGUGUGGUAUCAACUUGCCGGAUGCGAAGAGAAGAGCAAGAAUAACUAGUUCAGUUGCCAAGCUGUUAUCUGAUAUUCUUGAAUGUGAACUUGAUGUAACAGGAUACCUUUGCAACGAUGACUGUUAUAAAAAGACGAAUAGAUUUGCAGCACUGAGAACAUCGUUGGCGGAUCUGUCUGCAACAUUAAAAGACAGACAAUCACGUGCUGCAUGUAGAACUUCAGUGCGAUUCAAACGUGGAGUUCCGAGCGACGUGAAAGAAACAUCGCAACCCGCGCAGCGUUGGAAGAGUCUGAAUAGUGUUCUGAGUCAGACGUUUCAGGACAUUGCACCAAGUUCAACAUGUGAACGAUUCAAGAGUCAGUCUAAUACAGUUCAGAGUAUGAACUAUCAGAAAACUGCAUUAAAUUCAACCUGUGUUUACCUUCCUUCUGCACUCAAUACACUCAACUUACCACCGUUCCAAGGAUGUUCAAUUUUAAUGCCUAGACCCAGUAACAUACUCCACACUGUGCAACAUGGAUUACCCAUCCCUGAUGGCACAGAAAAUGUUUGCAAAGUCGAGGUAGGUUUGCUUCGAACACAUGCUAAAGUAUUUACAUAAUAAGCGUAUUUUCAAAAUUAAACUGUACGUACUCGAUUUAAUUAUUUUUAUAAUUGAAACAUUGCAUCGUAUAUUAUAUAUAAAUGUAUCCAUACAUGAAUUUAUGUAUAAAUUUUUUGACAUACAAUGCCAUAUUUGUUGAUCUAUUUGGAUGUAAAGUUUUGUAAAAGAGUAAAAAGACGAUACAUCCAAUGUACAAAUUUAAGAUAUUAUGAACUAUUAUUUUAAAGAUUUUAAAAUUAUGUUUAUCUCUAUAGGUAUCUGUAACAUAUGCAAAUGGGAAAAGAUCAUAUUCCCUUCCGCAAGAAAUGCAUUGUUUGGGUAAAGCCUUAGCAAGGGGAAGUAUGAAAAGUGUUGCUGUAUUUGCAUUUAAUUGCAAGGGAUUAAGACCUUACAUAGAAGAAGUCGCGGUUGCAGAGAUAUCUAAGGAAUGUAAAAACCUAUGUUCAUUGAAGCAACCAUCCAUAUUGCGUUCCAUAAACAAGGAAGCAAUUAAUGAAUUUUCUUGGACAAAUGUUGGCAAAGAAUUCAAUACUAGAACACCGUUCUUCUAUAAAAUGCUACAUGCUGGUGCUGGCGAGAAGUCUGAAUUAAUACACCCAAGGGUUGUAAAUGCUGCGUCAAUUCUUCUAAACACUCGUGAUAAUGCUAUGAGUCUUGUACAGCAUGUUAAUGGUUUACUCAUGAAGAUGGGGAAAGCUUCAAAAAAG